GCAGAUUUUUAUGUUACGGUGACUACAUUUUGUAAGUUACAAAUAUAGUUCGCCAAGACAGCAUAACGAUUUCUAAACAACUGCGCAUUAAUACCACAAUGUUGUAUUUUCACGUGUCAAGUUCGCAACGCGCAUUAAUCCCAAAGGCUGAAAAGCCAGCAGCGAUGAGUGCUCCGCCUCCGCGCUGACUAGCGUUGACGCAGAAAAUGACUCUCAGGGGGUUUUUGACGGAGGAGCUCCUUAAAAAGUUGAUGGAAGAAGGCAUUGAUGUGUCAGACGACGAGGCGCAAAGGUUUAGAGGAUUCGAGCUUUGUGGGGGAAGAUGCAGCCUCCGUUGAUGCUCAUAUCAAGGUGCUAAAUGAUCAGCACAAGAAGCUACAUCCUGACACAGCACUGGUGAAAGACCGCAUCACAAAAACCUUUGCAUGGAGACAUCGAGAGGUAGCUGAAGGAAUGUGUACUGUGGACCUAUUAAAGAGAGAUCCAUUCCUGGGGACAUCUGCAGGGUUGUGUGAUGAGGUUGAUUUAAUGCAUCACUGCCAAGACAACAUCUGUCGCCGCUUUAGCGAAAACUUCACUGCUGUUCUUCAAAAUGUUCUUCAAAUGACCAAGGAUUUGCCACUGCAGAAGGUCUACAUGGAAGCAAGAGAGAAUGCACUGGCUGAAGAAAUUACAGGAAUUGACUUCAAGGGGGCACUUCUCCUCUUGCCAUCCAUCUUCAAGGAGAAGAUAGAAGAUUUCAUCAUCCUUGGAGAGAAUACUCCGAGUCCAUACCCAACCAUUCGAAUGAAGGAUAAGAGUUGGACAACUGCCCUCUCAAGACAAUGUUGCUGUGUUGUGACAGUUGAAGGAGUGGAUGUUUGCUCGUGCCGCUCGCUGGAUGAGGCCUACAUCUCAGCAUUCUCCACCUUCUUCGUGUUCAACAUGACCUACCCUGCAUACUUCAAGAAAACACUUGUCUUUCUUCAGAACUGCAUUGUCAACAUAGGAGACAAGGGAGGAGACAAACCCCUGCCAGUAAGUGUCACCAGGGUACUUGACCAACUCUAUUAAAUAUGCCCCCACUCCACAUAUGUUCAAAAUGUUCAAAAAGGGCAUUUACUCUGCUUACCAAGUGGCAGUUGACAAUGACUGGAUCCUGUUCAAUCCAGGAAAUGAAUUAGACUUUCAAGCUCUAGACACCAAUUUAGUUGAUGAUAGGCUGUUUGUUGCCUUGAGGUAUUCUGUGUGACGUGAUUGCAAGCACAUUUUCCACUUUGUCUAUAUAUAUGACAUAUAUAUAUAUAUUCUGGCUUGUUGAAGUAGAGCAAAACAUUUGUGUGGACAGUUUUUUUUUUUUUUUUUUUUAAAUACAUGCCAUCUCUGUGAUCCGUCAAAACAUUGUGUUCAGGUGUUUAAUGUCUUUGUGAUUGUUUACUUUUUUAAAUGAAUGUAUUUUUCUUGACAUGUCCUAUGGCAAUAUACAAAUGUAAUCAAGGAUGCAUUCCUGUGGUUGUUUAAAUGCUUUGAUGUGAUUCUAUUAUCGAAAAUAAAUGGUUAAAUAACCAAAUA